UACCGCCGCCGCCUUCUCCUCUUCCGCCGCCGCCUCUCCCCUAUGUGGGGAAAGAGAGAGACGUCAGGCCGGGCCGGAGAUUAGUUGGCGCUUUAAGUGGAUUAGAAAGCAGCAGAGGUUGGGAGAAGAGAGCGGAGAGUGGGUUGAGCAAGCGCUGCUUUCCCCCUCUGACUUCACCCUCUCGUCUCUCUCUUUCUCGGGCGAACCGAAGAGUCCUGCCAUGCCCCAGACAGUGGCUUUGAAUGGCCCUUCGCCGUGGGGGUUCCGGCUGGUUGGAGGCAAAGAUUUCAGCACUCCGCUGACCAUUUCCAGGAUUAAUCCUGGAAGUAAAGCUGCCCUUGCCAACCUUUGCCCAGGUGAUAUCAUUCUGUCAGUUAAUGGUGAGAGCACAGAAAACAUGACACAUCUAGAAGCACAAAACAAGAUCAAAACUUGUCUGGAUAAGCUCACGUUGUCUGUGAACAGGACUGAAAGUAAGGCCUGGUCCCCAAAUAUUUUAGAAGAUGGAAAAGCACAAGCUUACCGAGUCAAUGUAGAACCAGAAUCACAGGAUAAUGGACCUGUUCCAAAUAGAAGACCAGCAACGUUUUUGCCUGGAGAAAAUCCAACAGACAACAAACAGAUAUCAAACUUGCAAUACAAUAACCCCACACGGCUAUAUACAAACAACAAUGCAGAUUCUAGUUUACCAUCACAGAUGGGGGGCCUCCAUAUCACAUCUUCCCACAGUGCUGACCCUUUAAGACCCCUCCCAAGAAACAGAAAUGGAAUUGACAUGGACUCAGAUGUGUACAAAAUGCUGCAGGAUUAUGAAAGGCCAGUUUCAGAACCUAAGCAGUCAGGAUCCUUCCGAUACUUGCAAGGCAUAUUGGAAGCUGGAGAGAAUGGUGAAAAACAUGACAGAUUGGUGAGUCCAAGACAUGUUAAAUCUCCAGUAUCUAAACUGGGUGGAGCCAUGUCUGGCUUGCAGAUGCUCCCUGAGUGCACCAGAUGUGGCAAUGGAAUUGUUGGCACAAUAGUGAAAGCCCGUGACAAGCUCUACCAUCCAGAAUGUUUCAUGUGCGAUGACUGCGGCCUCAACCUGAAGCAAAGGGGCUACUUCUUCAUUGAAGAACAGCUGUACUGUGAAAUGCAUGCCAAGGAAAGGGUUAAGCCACCAGAAGGAUAUGAUGUGGUUGCUGUUUAUCCCAAUGCUAAAGUUGAACUUGUCUAAAUAGAUACUCUUAUUUCCUGGAGAGGUCAAAAGGUGGCACACCCACCCACAGACACAGUCUCAGUUUUAAAGUAUGGCUGUAAUCAACUCCAAUUAUUCAAGUCUCAGUAAAAUGCCAUUUGAGAGAUAAAAAGGUUUACACUUGGGAUCGUAAAGGGAUAGUGCUGAAAGCCUCUGGAAAGGUUUUUCCCCCUUUUGACAUUGCUGUGCUGUUGUUUAGGUGGUGGUUGUGUGAGGUUUUUUUAAUGCAAAUAGUUUCCAUCAUAGCCCAGUCCAAAACCUAUGGAAAUAUGGGUGCUUUUUAAAACAUUGUUUCAUAUAAAACAAGUAUUUCUUUUAUUCUGACUCAUGUUAAAAUAUAAAGAAGUCUGUACGAAAGUUCAAAGACAGUAAGGCACUUUAAGAAAUGUAAUUGACAUUUUUACAUUUUAAAGCAUUGCAUUACACUUAUUUUUGUCAGUGAUAUAGAUGUCCCAUAAAUAUUGCUUGUGGCUUUCAGAAUGAUAGAAAAUUGAGACCAUCUGAAAUUUUUAAAUAUAUAGCUGGACAGAUAGGGUUCCACAGGAAACUUGGGAAUGAGCAGAUAAAUGACUCCUCAGAACACAAGUAAAACCUUUUAAAAGUGUCUUUUUUACAAUUGAUGCCUUUUGGUUACAUUUCUGUGUAGUAGUUGGAAAGCAAUGUCCUGCUUGCCAUUUCCAAACCAUACUAUAUACUCCAUCUUAGAAUAAUCAUUAACAUUUUUGUCAUUCUGAAGAUACAUGUCAGCAGCAGUCAAAGCUAUCCACUGGGGCUCAUUCUCCAAGACUGCCCUCCUUGCUAUCCCAGAGGAAAUAUUCUGGGAACCCCCCUGGAUGAUGCCCAGUAGUCUGAUAGUAGUGAGCCAACUGGAAAAGAAAUACAUACCCUGUUAAGCAUCUCAGGUCUUUCCAGAUCAAGAGGACCCUAAUUGUAAUCUCCAUUGUGGCACUGAGCUAUAACUGUGCAAACCACUUAUGUGCCCUGAAUAUAAAUUUAUAAGAAAAAAUCAGGUAUAUAUUGUACAUGUGGUUCUUUCUUUCUUUCUUUCUUUCUUUCUUUCUUUCUUUCUUUCUUUCUUUCUUUCUUUCUUUCUUUCUUUCUUUCUUUCUUUCUUUCUUUCUUUCUUUCUUUCUUUCUUUCUUUCUUUCUUUCUUUCUUUGAGAUAGCAUGGCCUCUCUUGAGAUAUUCUUGGUCACUGGAUCAUCUAGGCACCUACAUUCUUCCUUUUUUCAACUUUGAAGAAGAAUUUUAUACCCUAGCAAUAAACACUUUACUUAAACUCCUUUCAGAUACAUUGAAAUUGACUUAGAGUAUACAUUUCUAUGUACAGAAUGUCUAAAUUCAACCUAGAAUGAAAAAAAUAAUAAUUCCUUCUAGAUAAGUUUUUUUAGGGCAAGGCAUCAGACCUAAAUUUCAUUGAUAUUUAGGACCUUUCCAGACAAUCAUUAUAUAGUACAACAACUGCACAUUUGUUAUUUGUCACAUUUGAAAUUGUCAUGAUGAAUUGGAAUUGUUCAUUUCUUGAGAGGAAUUGUGUCAUCACCAAUCCUGAUAUAGAACUACCAAAAAAAACACACCCUAUAGCUUCUGAAUAGAAGGAUAUGGCUGAGACCUUACAGAAGUCAACUCUUGAACUCAAGUAUAAAUAAUAAAGAUUUGAGAAUGAGGUUGAAAUGCUCAGUGGCCCUAGUGCACUCUGAAACAGUGAUUGCCUUGGACAGCCCAGCUGCUGAAUGCUAAGUAUGAAGGGGGAAAUAAACCUUAUAUUUUGGCGAGGGUUUCUCCAACAUAAAAAAGAAAGUGCUACAUCUUAGGCAAUUUGGUCACUAUCUAGAAGCAGAGCCAGCAUGGAACAGUGGUUAGAAUAUUGGACUAGGACCUGGGAUUCACAUCCCUACUCAGCCAUAAAGCUCGCUGGGUGACCUUGAGAUUAUUAGUCUUUCAGCCUAACCUACUUUACAGGAUUGUUGUGAGGAUAAAAUGGGAAUGGGGGAAAUGAUGUAGACCACCUUGAGCUUCUUGAAGGAAAGGUGGUAUAUAAAUGUAAAAAUCUAAUAAUAUAAUUGGCAUGUCCUGUUCAAUGGCAGACUCUGUACAAGUAAUGAUACGAUCACACAUCACCAUGUGCUAGGCACAUGAAAUACAAAGAAACUCCCAUCAAGGUGGAUGUCAGAGAUAUUGUAGGACUACAUAAAGGGGCAGAUGUGCCAGUGGAGGCUGCUCCUUCGGGGCAAAUGGGGCACUGCCUCACCAACCUCAGUCUGCCCUCAACCAGCUGCCACCUGCCUGCUGUCUUACUUGCAACCAGUCCAAGGGGUGGCACUGCCUAUCAACUUCCUCCUCCUUAGUCUCAGGGUUGCCCUUGUAGAACUCAGCAAGAGGGGAAAUGGGGACAAAACUAGCAUCAGUUGCCUAAUCUCUCAUUGCCUCUCUAACUAUCAUUGGUUAGGACUGUACCUACUCCUGGGCUCCCUGCCUUCUGCCCCACCAGUCCCAAUGGCCACCAACCACCACUGAGAUGCACUUGUCAAAUCACAGACAUAUAAGAUACUCAACCUGGUGCACCUCCAUUUCCCUCCAAAAUGAUGGGGGUAAUGAGAGAGCUGACUGUUUACCACACUAGAUUUAUGGCAGUGAAACAUCAACAGCACUCAAGAUAAAGAAAGGCAACACUCACAGCCAUCUUUCUCUAAGGGUUCUGUUACAUUGCCUGCAGGUACAAAUUUAAUAAAUAUAAAAUGAUAAGCAAUAAAAGAUUUUGUGCAAAUAGAAUAUUCCAUUUGUUUAAGGGAUAAUAAACUCCUACACCACAAGAAGAGAGACGUACUUUACUAAGAGGCAGCAUUUCUUAUCGAUUUCACAAACACCAUUGCUAGAAAGAACAAAUGUGAACCCAAGUUGCUAUGUGUGAACAAGUCUGAUAUGCCUUAACUGAGAAAAAAAAUGUGGCAACAAAUUGGAAAAUAACUGCUGUCAAUUAAUCCAUAUUGCUCUUCAUACAGCUCCAUAUUUUCUAGGGCUGCCAUCUAGUUAAACACAUUUUAUCCAAUUAAUCAUGUGAGAUUUAGUUGAUUGACUGACUGAUUAAAUAUGCAUGAAGACUCAUACAAAAAAUAUUAGAUCUAAAAAAGCAUACUAUCUUUGUCUUUAGAUGAUGCAUACAUUUGCCACAACAGAAAUCAUUUUCAAAGAGACCAUUAUUUCUCCUGAAAGGGAUGCCUCUUAAGAUGUGCUUGUCAUCUACAGUUGUUAUAUGUGCUUGUAUUAAAAAUAAUUUCAGUUUUUAAAA